AUGUCAAAUCUCAAUAAAGAUAUUUUACUUUAUAUUUUUGAAGAAUUAUUUGAAGAUAAAAAUUCUUUAUAUUCAUGCCUAAGAGUUAAUAGAUUAUGGUGUGAAACUGCUGUAACAAUUUUAUGGAAGGAUCCUUGGAUAUUUUUAAAUAGAACUCUUACUUUGAAACUUCAAAAAAGGGCAAAUAUAUUUUUCAAUAUUAUCUUUUUAAAUUUAUCUGAGGAAUCAAAAAAUUAUUUAUUAAGUGAAGGUAUUGAUAUUUUUAAGGAUUUAUCAUUACAAAAAAGUCCUUUAUUUGAUUAUAUUAGUUUUAUUAAAUAUAUUAAAAAUCAAUAUUGUUAUAUGACUAUUAAUGGUAAAAAUAUUUAUGAUAUUUUAUUUAAGAAUGAUUAUAAUGAUUCUCAAAGAUUUAUAUUGGAAAAAGAAAUUUAUAAACUUUUUGUUAGUAAAUGUUCUAGAAUAAAAUAUUUGGAUAUUACCGAUUUCAAACAUCCUUUAUACGAAUUUCCUGGUUCUGAAAAAAGUCUUUUAGAACUUAAUGAAUUAAAUUGUAGAAGUGAUGAUGAUUCUGAAUUAUUUUUUGGUUUGGCUCAUAUAUGUAAAUCUAUUGAGUCUUUUCAUAUUUUACAUAAUUAUUCAAAUGAUGGACUUGCUAAAUUAAUUGAAAUGCAACAAAAAUUAAAAUAUCUUAAAAUUGAUGAACCAACUUAUGUAUCACAUAAUGAUAAGUUAUCAAAUUGUAACAUUGGUCAAGAAAUAAUAAAACAUGCUCAUAAUCUUAUUUAUUUAUCAAUAGAAAGGGAUUUGGAAUUUUUUGAAACACUUUUUGCAAAAUUAAUUAAUAUACAAAAAUUAAAAUUAUGUGGUACCAGUGAUAAAUGGAUUAGUUUAAAUUUGGAUAAACAUUUAGAAUUUGUUUAUUCUGAACUUCAAGUUCUUAAUGUAUCUCAAAUAACUUAUUCUAUUGCUAUAGAAAUUAUUAAGAAAACUACUGGAAGUAUUCAAAAAAUUUGGGCAGAUUCUAUGCAUAUUAGGAAUUUAUCAUUAAAUAGUAAUACUGGUCAUUUUAUUCAAUGUAUAUCUCAAUUUUGUCCUAAUCUUAAAUAUGUUAGAAUUGCUUUAAAUGAUGAUUAUCUUGAUAAACUUGAAUCACUUUUAACUAAUUGUAAAUUAUUGGAAGGUUUAUAUAUUUAUAAAGACAAAAUAACAUUUACUACUAUUAAUAUGUCAUUAUUACAAAAUCAAAGAUCAUCUACAUAUAAUAAUAUUAAUCCAUCAUUUACUGAUAAGUUAUUGGAUAAAUUAAUUAGAUUUGCACCAAGAACUUUAUAUAAAAUUGGAAUCAAUUAUUGUAAUUUUAAAAUAACGGUAUUGGAUAGGUUUUUUAAUCAUUGGAAAGGUAGAAAAACCUUACAUUUAUAUUCUAUUGUUGAUAAAGAUUCUAAUGAUUGUUUUUAUAAUUUAAAUUAUAUAAAUGAGAUGAAAAAUUUGAUUGAAAAAUAUACAAAUGAAGGUGUGAUUAAGAAAUUUCAAAAUUGUAAUUUUAAUGAUGAUAAAGAUUUUAAAUGGUGUUAUUAA